AUGAGUAUUUGUCUUGGUUGUGGUCACAACCUUUAUCGAGUGAACAAGAAUACUUCCACUCAAAGUGUUGUCAGUGGAGUUGGCAUUCAGAAUAGUAGUAGCGAAUCAUCACCUUCAGUGCUAAAUGGAUCUACAUCUUCUAUAUCUAGCGAAUUAUCAUUAUCAUCAUCAUCGUCAUCAUUGUCGACAAUGAUUGAUAACACAAUAGCAAGCAUUACAACCAGUACAGAAUCAUUAUCGAUCAACUCGAACAUUAGCAACAACAACAACAACUCGAGUGUAGUAUUGACCAGUCCUACAACCAUAUCAACAAUCACAAGUAGCACAACAACCACAACAACAGAGACUGUCUUGGAAACAAUAGUUGAAGCACCAUGUCUUUGUUGUGCAAAUCACGAAGAACAACCACCACCUCCAGUAAAGAAAAUCAUGAGGAGAAAUCCACUUAAUAGUUCAUCGAAUGGAACCGAUCAGCAAAACAAAAGACCGACCUCUGUAAGUUUAGAGGAGAAACAGGCUGCCUACAAUAAAGCACGUGAACGUAUCUUCGCUGGUGAAGGUCCAUCCGAUGAUAUUAUUGAUAUCUACGAUCAACAAUCACCAACUACAUCAUUAUCUUCUUCUUCUUCUUCUUCCUCUUCAUUAUCACAACAAACACAGCAGCAGCAGCAACAACAACAACAAUCACAAUCACAAACUAUAAAGCAAAGUGCUAAUAGCAAUAACAUUAAUGGUAAUGGUGUCUCCACCACCACCACCAUUAAAAAGAGUUCAUUAAAUCCAAACUCACCGAAUUUCAUUAGUAACAAUCAGUUCAAGCUUAAUAAUCAACAAAACAACGGAAGUGCUACUCUUUCGUCACAAAAUCCAACAUCAACCACUGCUGCUACAGUCAUUAGCAGUAACAACAGCAGCAGCAGCAAUGGUUACAGUAAUACUCAUUCUCAUUACAAUCAACAACCAACAUUCAGAACACCAUCUCCUCCAAUCUCACGAGCGGUACCUCCAUUCAACAAUGUAAACAAUAUCAAUAUGCAUCCUCAUGCCUAUCCACAGCAACAGCAGCAACAACAACAACAACAGCAUCAGCCACUUCCAUUACCAAUGCCCUAUUCAAGUGGGCAUCCAACGCCUUAUUUCGAACCACAACAGCAGCAACAGAAUACCACACCAAAUAUAAUCAAUCAUGGAUAUAAUAACAACAUUAACAACAAUAACCAAUACCAUAGCAAUAGUAGUCGUCAUCAUUUAAAUCGAUCAACUUCACCACCCACACCGCUCCCAAUAAACAUGCUAUCGACACCUCCAACACCAUUAUAUUAUAUCAAUGGCAAUAGUAAUACACAUAGCAACAACAACAACAACAACAACAAUAAUAAUAAUAUUAUUAACAAUCAUAUGAAUAACAAUAACAACAAUCGAUCUUCAAAUUACAACAAUAGAAAUUUUUACACUGACAACAACAACAACAACAACAAUAUGAAUGGUGGAGAUCAUUACCCACGGCAGGUGACCCAUCACAGUCAGAACCAAAUAAACGAACCACCACAACUGUCCAAUGGCAACCCAAUCUUUAUAUACAACCAACAACCCACAUAUCAAGCAAACUUACAAUCUCCACCACCCAUGUCAUACAACAACAACAAUAAUAAUAAUAACAAUAAUAAUAAUAAUAACUUUAGAGGCAACUAUAAUAAAUUAUACCAGCAAAAUUAUAAUAAUGGAAAUAGAAGCAACGUCAAUAACAAUAUUAAUUUUCAAAAAACCAAUAAUCCCCCAUAA